AUGCCACGCAAAAAGGCCGCGGAUCGAACAGGCCCCGCCAAGACACGGUCCCGCAGCGGCUGCCGGGAAUGCCGGGCGAGUCGAGUCCGGUGCGACACCAAGAAACCCGUAUGCACGCGCUGCCGGGAGCGUGGCCUGCCCUGCUCGACACACUUAGUCCUCAAAUGGCAGUCUGAAUUCGCCAGUCGGGGCCUGGCCUUUGGUCGUGCGGGCGUCUGGAGUAAGGCCCGCGCAGUGCAUGGCGGCCAACUCACCAGCUCGCCAUCUCCUCCCGCAUCGCUCUCGCUAGAUGACGUUCGCGAGUGGUGCCCCGUGCCUGGGGUGCAUCCCUGGGCCUUCAUCAAUAGCAGUGUCUCUACAUUCGACCAAUCGGACCAGGUGGAUGUUGCGUUGAACGAACUCGGCGCCGUCGUGCCUGUCAACGGUCUUGCCUCCUGGUUGCAGACCAAUUAUAGUCGGAGCCCACGUCCCAUGCCGCCUCUGUCUUUAUUUCCCAAUGUUCCUGAGUCGGGUCAUGGUCCGCUAUUCGAAUACUAUCUCCAACAAGUGUGCCCUCGAACGACGGCCAGCUCGACGUCAUCCUCGCCUUUCGCCUCCGUGAUCCUCCCUUUUUGUGUCUCCGCUUCCCCGACGCUGUUUCAAGCCAUUCAGGCCUUGGGUGCUUGUCACUGGUCUCGUUUUGAUCCGACCUACAGUGCUAUGGGGCUGCGCCUCAAAUCUGCAACAUUAAAGGAUCUCCGCCGUCGACUCUUCUCUGAAGGGUCUCUGACCUGUAGUGCGGAUCCCGAAGUUCUGGUCAUCAUGAUGAUGCUCUGUCUUUACGAGAUCGUGGAUAAAUGCGAUCACUACUGGACGAUCCAUCUCAAGGGGGCGAAGGACUUGAUUCGGCUGCGCAGACAACAGAUGAUUGCUCAAUCUCAAUCCGCCCCCGAUCCAGUCACUGCGUUCGCUGAACAUUUCUUUGCCUUUCAGGACGUCAUGGGUCGCACGGCCUGCGGCGAGGAGGUGUUGUUUGGCACCGACUACUGGAAGGCCGAUGAUCGGAACAUUGAUCUCUGGAUGGGCUGUAGCCCCGAACUGGUGUCGGUGCUCUCGGCCAUCACAGAGCUGAGCCGGAGACGGCGCAAGCUAGGCUCUGACGCGGACCGAAUCUCAUUCUCGCUGCAUGCUGCGUCCCUGGAGCAACAACUUGUCGAACUGGUUCAAGAAGUUGAGGAUGGAGACGACGAGACUCUCGCGUCUGUGGCCGAGGCCAAACGAUUGGCUGCUGUUCUCUACCUUCACUGUGCUCUGUACGAAGCCUGUCCAACCACCCCUUUAGUUGUGGAAUACGUGCGCCGGAUUCUGCGCCUUGUCUCCGAGUUGCUCAACCAAGGAUCGCACGCUAACGUGACAUGGCCCGUCUUUGUGGCCGCCGUGGAGCUCGAUCCGGCGCAGGAUGAGCUCUGGGCAGACUCGGAGAGCGAUGCAAUAUCGGGGCGGCCCCUGGUGCUACAGGCCCUAGCUGUCAUGGCCGAGUCGACCAUCUCCAAUGUCGCGCGGACGCGGGCUGUCAUUGCGAAGGUCUGGCAGGCCCGCGAUCUCGAUCUGGUCAAGACGCCCGGAGCUGCUCCGCACCGCUGCAACGACUGGGAGUGGUAUGUGGCUCCCAUCAGCACGGCGAUGAGUCUAGCAUGA